CGGCCGCCGCCGCCGCCGCCGCGUCUGCGCGCGCGGCCGCGUCGGCCGCGGCCCGCUCCGCCUCGCGAAGCUCUCGGUCUCGCGCGGAGAGUUCAGCCUCGAGCUCGGCGACGCGCUUGCGCGCCGCCCGCGCCUCGUCCUGGGCCGCCUCGAUCGCCUCGACCUCGGCCUCGCGUUCCGCCAGGAAGGCCGCCCGUUCGCGCUCGAGCUCGGCCAGCGCCGCGCGCGCUUCGGCGAGCUUGCCGUCGGCGGCUUUCGCGCGCGCCUCGGCGGAGUCGGCGCGGGCCGCGGCCGCCGCGGCCUCGUCCCGCGCCGAGCGCUCGAGCCUCGCCGCUCUUUCUACAAGAAGGACCGCUUUCUCGGCCGCGGCCUCGACGCCCUCGGCCGCCGCCGCCGCCGCCGCCUCGGACGCGGCCACGCGCUCCGACAACGCGAUCGCCUUCGCCGCGACCUCCGCGGGGGUCCCGUACAUGGCCGCGCUCACAAUCUCGCGCACGUUGGGGUCUACCUGCUCUUCUUCUGCACGUCGUAGCGGUAGCAGGCGCCGGGUGGGCUUUGGCAGGCUCACCAGGGCCUCGGCCCAGGCGGCGAACCAGGAGACGUAGAGCAGGCGCAUUGCAAGCACGAUGCGUUCACGCCCUGAGCUGGGGUGUUAUACGUCUUACGCGCGCGCAGAAUCGAGGAAUCGCGGCCUAGUGAGGAGAGCCACACGCUGAGAGCCCAAGCCAAUAUAUACCCUAG